AUGGUACAUGGAAAAAUGACAGGCAUAGGCUGCGCUUACAAAGUCUGCUCAGCUACAAAUGCAUUGACCGUCACAUGCCUGUACAAUAAAAUCGGAUACUAUACGAAUGGCGUGAUGUUUGAGAAUGGGACACCUUGCACAUCAGCGGCAGAUUGUACCACCUAUCCCGGAGACGCACAACUAUCUGAGGUAUUGGAGGGAUAUUUUAUUAGUAAGAGUGCCAAAUGCUUUCUUAGGUCUCGUCUUGCUAUUGGGCUAGAACCUGAUGCACUGGGGGGAAAUGCACCAAAGGCCUCGCAAAUGCUCAAAAUGGUUUACGAUUGUGAUGUGGAAGCUUCAGCGAUCAAGCACAGUCAGAAAUGCGUUUACGAACAUUCGGCAUCAUCUGACAGACCAGGGUUAGGCGAGAAUCUCUAUAUGACAACUGCUUUGAAUGUUGACAAAGUGACAACGGCAGCUGAGUCGUCUCAAAUGUGGUGGGACGAAUUGAAAGAAUAUGGUGUAGGGCCAGAAAAUAACCUUACGCGAGCGUUGUGGGACAGGCCAGGAAUGCAGAUUGGACAUUAUUCCCAAGUUAGAACACAUUUCAAGCUCGAUUUCAAAGUCUUGAGUGCCUUUCUCAGAUGGCUUGGGAUCGAACUUACAAGCUUGGCUGUUCGAUCCAGCACUCUGAUCUACACAAUGGGCGAACCUUGUACAAGCGAUGCCGGAUGUCCAGGAUCGUACACUUGUAGCACGAGCGAAGGUCUUUGUAAUGUUGUCUGA